AUGAAAAUAAUGUCAAUUCGCCAUACACUAUCACUUCAAGUUCAUCCAACUAAAGAACAAGCCAUUUUAUUAAACAAACAAAAUCCAAUUAAUUAUCCUGAUCAAAAUCAUAAACCAGAAUUGGCGUAUGCAUUGACUAGAUUUGAGUUACUUUGUGGAUUUAGACCUGCAGGGGAAAUUUUAGAAAAUAUGAAAGGUGAUUUUUGA